AUGCCCGUCCGGAGGGGUCACAUAGCUCCGAAGAACACAUACAUCGAUACACUUAUCAAAAAAUUCGACAAUCAAUAUGAAGUUAAGCAAUGCGAAGUCACAAUUACUCCACUCACAGAUGAGUUCGGUCGCGUUUCAUUACACAUAAUAUUUUUCGAGGCAGUCGAGGAAACUCAUCUAGAGAAAAGGCAGACUCGAUGCACUAGCGCGCGACGUAUAUCUAGUAUUGCUACCAUGAUCUUCCACCGUGGCAAAGACCCGCCCAGAAACAAUCUCAAACGCAUCCACCAAAUGAGUCAAUCCGUGCGUCAUGAAUUGCUACCCAAGGAGGUCGUUCUCAGUCGACGACCAUCCGAGAACAUUCCUGCUGGAAGCAAUCACAAAAUGUCAAUAUCUAGCCUCUUUAUCAACGACCUCAAAAGCCUGUCCGAACCCGCCAACACGGAGAAGAGUGCUAGAUUCGAUUCACUUAGUGUAGAGACAGCUAACUCCGUCACAAUUCGUUCCUCAGUCCAAACCUCCCGUGCCUCUAUGGCUAAUGAGCCAAUCAAAAAGUCAGAAGUUCGUCCAAAGUCCUGUUCCAAUGCGCCACCAUUGUGGUCUGAUCAUCAGUCCUCCGAGACUGAGUCCACUACGGAUCGUGCGCGUCCAGCCUCAGCAGUCCUUGGUGGAAGAUGUAGUAGGUAUGCUCUGCCCUCACUCCUGGCUCGUGGGAGCCGGCUUAUAUCAGCUCCUGCCUCGCAGACAUCUAUUGUUCUCAGUGACGCGGGAACCCUUCAGGUGGUGCUGGGGAAACAUGGGGAUCAGGCGAAGUCGCAUGUCACCGAUACCUUCGCGAAGAUUUUGUCACUGGACAAGGACCUUCAUGAGAAGCGAAAAUUGGAGUCAAAAAGGAUGCACAAGUACACCAUCAAGCACUACAGUCCGAUCCGAGCUGUGUGGGAUUGGUUUAUUCUCCUUCUUGUCAUCUACACAGUUAUUUUUACGCCUUAUAUGACGGCAUUUCUUCUCAACUACAAGGGAUUCAAUUGCACCCACCCUCACCGCAGAUCGCCAGGUCAUCGGACCAUUCUGGGUACGGUGGAUAUAAUGGUGGACAUCAUGUUUGUAUGUGACAUUAUCAUCAACUUUCGCACCACCUACGUUAAUAAAAACGACGAGGUAGUUUCCAAUCCCAAGAAGAUUGCAACACACUACCUCAAGGGCUGGUUUCUCAUCGACCUCGUUGCCGCCAUCCCUUUUGAUGCGCUUUUCUUUCGCUCGCAGGAAAAACAGCCUACUGCGCUAAUCGGACUGCUGAAAUCGGCCCGUCUACUGCGCCUUAUCAACGUGGCGCGCAAGUUGGAUCGAUAUUCGGAGUAUGGCACCGCAAUUCUCGUCCUCCUCACCUCCGUCUUUGUUCUCAUCGCUCACUGGCUGGCAUGCAUUUGGUACGCAAUCGGUAACGCGGAACACCAGCACAGCUCCACGAAGAUCGGGUGGUUGGCAACUCUGGCGGAGCAGACACGACAGUUCUACAAUGAGAGUCCCUGCUCCGGGCCCACUUUACAGACGAAGUACAUAACCGCGCUCUACUUCACUUUCUCCAGCCUCACCUCCAUCGGCUUUGGUAAUGUCAGUCCCAACACCAAUGCGGAGAAGAUCUUCUCUAUUGUGGUGAUGCUUGUUGGUUCUCUUAUGUACGCCAGCAUCUUUGGCAACGUAAGUGCCAUCAUUCAGCGGCUCUACAGCGGCACAGCGCGCUACCAUGCCCAGAUGCUACGCAUCAAGGAGUUCAUCCGCUUCCACCAGAUUCCGGGACAGUUGAGGCAGCGGCUGGAGGAGUACUUUAUCCACGCAUGGGCUUACACUUACGGCAUCGAUAUGAGUGUCGUCCAACGCUCUUUCCCCGAGUGCCUCCAGUCGGACAUUUGCAUGCAUGUUUACAAGACCAUGCUCAAGACGACCCGGGCCUUUGAAGCAAAUGCUCUUGAGUUGCUUUCGAAGUCCAGUCUACCCACCUGUUCCUCUCUCGGUCACGUGGCACAAAGUGGGCGGGUUUUUUGGCUGGGCUGUGACGGAGAUGUGUUUGCCGCUUGCUGCUUAUCUGGUUGCCCCGCUCUGUUGUGGUGUCUUGAUGGCCAUAAGCUGAGCACUUUGCCGGUGCCUUCUGUUAGAGCCGGCCUUGCAGAAUUCCCAUCCGCGCCCUUGCCUCAAAGCAGCCGCCUUUAUGGCUCCAGCACCUGCAAUAAGUAUCAGCAGAUGGAGGAGGCGGCAGUCUGCACUUGUGAUCAAAACGCCUUUUCAAAUAAAACGCAUGCGCUGAGGAGAGGGGUGGAAUUGGCAUACUCUUAUCAGUCAGUCGUCUCCGUCUUUUUGUACGCAAUCCGCUGCCCUAUUUUUGUGUUCGCCACCGACCGAUGA